GCCAGCUGAAUUCCGUGCCGAAGAAACUCUGAAGGGGGGUAUGAACGAUGAGCAGCAUCCGGAUUCGUCAUUUGCGUGCUUUACCAAAUUCAUCGGCUUACGAAUUAUGCGGUCGCUGACGUUUAGUUUCGGUAGACGUCAUUUGCCCGAUCAAGCAGAAACAUCACUGGUGGGCGUGGAUUUCAGGAGGCGGGGGCGACGAAGAAAAGGAGGCCUUGCCAUUUCACCCGCUGUCUUUAAUAAAGCUGCACAACUAGUUGGAUCGCCUAGACGGAAUAUACGGAAGUAAAGGACCCUUCCCACCGACAGUUUUGUACUUUUGUAGUUUGCACGCAAAGGCACACUUCGCACCGAGGAGUUGGCACCGACACACACACAUACCCAUCGAACAUACACCCAAAAGUGAACAAUUCUAUACAAUGGAGCUGGUGUGGAGAUGCUCCAUAUUCUUGAUUUUGUUAACGGCCGGAGCGCUAGCGCAGUUUGAAGAUAUAGCAGGUGAUUAUUGCGGAGGGCGUAUUCAACGUUGCUGUGAUGGCCGAAUCGAUUCGUGUGCGAUCCCGAUUUUAGGCACUCUUUGCUAUUGCGAUCAGUUUUGCAACCGUACAGACUCUAGUGAUUGCUGCCCUGAUUAUUGGAACGUCUGCCUUGGCAUCAAACCACCUUCACCACUCAUCCAGCAACGCGGAUGCUAUCAUGAAGGUCAGAACUACCCUUAUGGCCACACGGUGCAAAUCAAUUGCAACAAGUGCGAGUGCCUCCGCUCGCUAUCAGAUUCGAGCCGAACUGAAUUUCUCUGUGAGGCGGACGCUUGUCUUGUGGAGCCAGAAGCUAUUCAAGCAAUCAACGGGAAUUCGGCACAAUUCGGUUGGACGGCUGGCAAUCAUUCCGAUUUUUGGGGUCGCAAGCUGGAAGAUGGGCUUGUGUAUCGUCUUGGUACACUCGAGCCCGAGAAAUUUGUGUUAGCCAUGUAUCCCAUCAAACAAAAGUACGACCGGAACACUCUUCCCAUGAGUUUUGAUGGGCGAAUCGAGUGGCGCGACACCCUGCAAGACGUACGCGACCAAGGAUGGUGUGGAGCGUCAUGGGCUUUUUCCACAGCCGCCGUAGCUGCGGAUCGCCUUGCCAUACAGUCUCGUGGACAUGAAGUCUAUCCGCUUUCCAUGCAAAACCUACUAGCGUGCAAUAACCGAGGUCAACAAGGCUGUAACGGCGGACAUCUUGACCGCGCCUGGAAUUACAUGAGACGUUUUGGGGUUGUAAACGAAGAAUGUUAUCCAUACAUCAGUGGCCGUACCGGUCAGGUGGAGAAGUGCAAAGUCCCGCGUCGAGGAAAUUUGGCGACUAUGAAAUGCCAACUAGUCAACGCCGCUGUAAGAAAAUCCGACAGAUCUGAUAAGCCGCCACGUAAAGGUCUGUUCCGUUCACCUCCGGCUUACCGUAUCGCCCCAUUCGAAGAUGAUAUCAUGAACGAAAUUCUUCAGCACGGACCUGUUCAAGCUACCAUGAGAGUUCAUCCUGAUUUCUUCCUUUACCGCGGUGGCGUUUACCGCUAUUCCGGUACCAACAGUCAGCAACGUUCUGGUUAUCAUUCUGUUCGCAUUUUGGGUUGGGGAGUAGAUUCGUCUAAGCGAAAUCCCACCAAAUAUUGGUUGGUGGCCAAUUCAUGGGGACGUCUGUGGGGCGAAGAUGGUUAUUUCCGUAUCGUUCGUGGUGAAAACGAAAGCGACAUUGAAAAAUUCGUUUUGGCCGCUUGGGCAGAUCAAGAAGACGAAGAACAAUAAUUAAGAAUAAGCGAAAGAGAAUAAGCGAGAGAAAGAUGUUUUCAGUUAUUAAGUUUUUGGAAGCGAAUUUUUGUUCAUUUUCUAUGCAUCUCUGGUGCUGUGUUCAUUACUUGGUAAUUCUAGUUUUUUUUUCUGAACAAUUUUUGAUUUUCGGUUUCGAUACCAUAUUCACACUUGCCUUGUCGCUUAUAAAUAACAAAUCGUUCAAAUAAC